AUGACUGCCACAAAAGCACUCAAGCCUGUAUUCAGCGAGGAGGCAGCAUCGCAGGAAUAUGCGGCAUCGUUAGAUGCAGCGGAUCCUCUGCGCGAAUUCCGCGAUCAGUUCAUUAUUCCCUCAAAGGCUAAUCUUGCAACUAAGAAGCUGGCCAAGCCAGGUCUUUCGUCAGAGCCUAGCACAUACUUCUGUGGCAACUCACUAGGCAUUCAGCCCAAGGCUGUAUCGAAGUAUAUGGAAGCCCAGCUGGACACUUGGGCGUCUAUUGGUGUCUGCGGGCACUUCACCACUCUCGAGGAUUCACCUCUAUCGCAAUGGCAAUUACUAGCCGAGCAGGCGGCAGCUUCGAUGUCUAAGAUUGUGGGUGCGCAGCCUGAAGAGGUUGCCGCUAUGGGCACAUUGACUAUGAACCUUCACCUAUUGCUUGCUAGUUUCUACAAGCCUACAGAGACAAAGCGCAAGAUUUUGAUGGACUGGAAGGCAUUCCCAUCCGAUCAUUAUGCAAUUGAAUCACACGUUGCUUGGCACGAUCUUGAUGCAAAAGAGAACAUGGUUCUCAUUGGUCCAGACGAGGGCCAAUACGAGAUUCAAACAGAGAAAAUUCUAUCAAUCAUUGACCAGCAUGCCGAAGAUGCAGCUUUGCUUCUUCUCCCCGGUAUUCAGUAUUAUACUGGACAGCUGUUUGACAUCCCUACAAUUACCAAGUACGCUCAAUCCAAGGGCCUAAUCGUAGGAUGGGAUCUGGCGCAUGCAUACGCAAAUGUUGACCUGAAGUUGCAUGACUGGAACGUCGACUUUGCAGCUUGGUGCACGUACAAGUACGGAAAUGCCGGGCCAGGGGCCAUGGGUGGACUUUUCGUCCACGAAAGACAUGGUCAGGUUGAUUACAGCGCUGGGCCCGAUACGCCUAAGUUCCGACACCGUUUGACAGGUUGGUAUGGUGGUGAUAGGUCUGUGCGGUUCAUGAUGGAUAACAAGUUCAAGCCCAUUCCUGGAGCGGGUGGAUUCCAGCUUUCCAACCCCUCCGUCAUAGAUCUGACCUGUCUUUGCGCGACAUUGUCUGUUUUCGACCAGACAUCCAUGGCAGAUCUACGUCAAAAGUCUAUCAAGUUGACUGCGUAUCUCGAAUACCUGCUUUUGAAGGAUACAGAUGAAGAAACACGUUUGUUCGAUAUCAUCACGCCGUCUGACCCCCAUGCGCGUGGAGCUCAGUUGAGUGUUUUGCUUAAGCCUGGCUUGCUGCAUAAGGUUUCCGAGCGCCUGCAAAAUGCAGGCAUUAUCUGUGACAAGCGAGAGCCUGGUGUUGUGCGUGUAGCGCCGACACCUUUGUAUAACACUUUCUCUGAGGUGUUUAAUUUUGUCGAGGAGUUCAAGGGUGCAUUGGCUUCUUCAUAG